UUUUAUUAUUUAAUAGUAAAAUAAACUUUGAAUGUAGAGGGCCCUGCUUUCCGUCACUUCACGUGGGUAUGUCACCCACCACUAAAACCAGUGUGGUGGGAAAUUGGAGAGUGGUCCAAGACUUGAAUAAUUAUCUCUCCAAUGGCUCCACUUAGCACCAGUUGCCUUGGAUUCCUUCUUUUCCCUUAGUUUCUUCUUCUUUACGUGUGAGCCCCACCACUCUACAGGGGAAGAGUCCACUGUCUUUGAUAAUUGGGGAAGCCUUGAUAGAGCAAACCUAUUGUUUCUGAUUCUCUUGUUUCCACUUGGUAUCCUACCUCUCUCUUUCCCUACCAACGAACCAUGGAAGUUGUUGCAGAGGCUGUUCUUUCUGUCUCCCUCGAAGCUUUGUUUAGCCAACUGGGCUCCCCUGAUCUCCUCAAGUUUGCACGCCAAGAGAAAAUCUACGCCGAGCUCGAAAUUUGGGAGGAAAAAUUAUCGGAGAUUCAUGAAGUGCUGAAUGACGCGGAGGAGAAGCAGAUCACGAAGAAGUCGGUGAAAACGUGGCUGGGCGAUCUGAGGGAUUUGGCUUAUGACAUGGAGGACAUCUUGGACGAGUUUGCCUACGAAGCUUUAAGAAGAAAGGUGAUGGCGGAAGCUGAUGAUGAAGGCCGCACAAGCAAGGUACGCAAGUUCAUCCCUACCUGUUGCACUAGUUUCACUCCAAUUGAGGCUAUGCGUAAUGUUAAGAUGGGGUCCAAGAUUAAGGAGAUGGCUAUCCGAUUGGACGCUAUUUAUGCCCAAAAGGCUGGGCUUGGUUUGGACAAGGUGGCUGCUAUAACCCAGUCUACUCGGGAAAGGCCACUCACUACAUCUCGUGUAUACGAACCUUGGGUUUAUGGCAGGGAUGCUGAUAAACAGAUUAUAAUUGAUAUGCUGCUUAGGGAUGAGCCCAUUGAAACCAAUUUUUCUGUAGUUUCCAUCGUGGCCAUGGGUGGUAUGGGCAAGACCACACUAGCAAGGUUGGUGUACGAUGAUGCUGAGACAGCCAAGCAUUUUGAUCUAAAGGCCUGGGUUUGUGUAUCAGAUCAGUUUGAUGCAGUGAGAAUAACCAAGACAGUCCUCAACUCGGUCAGUACUUCUCAGAGCAAUACUGAUUCACUAGACUUCCAUCAAAUUCAAGAUAAAUUGGGGGAUGAAUUGAAGGGAAAAAAAUUUCUUCUGGUUCUCGAUGAUAUGUGGAAUGACAAGUAUGAUGAUUGGCGUUGCUUACAGUCUCCCUUUUUGUCGGGUUCACGAGGCAGCAAAAUCAUAGUCACGACACGGAGUAAGAACGUCGCAAAUAUAAUGGAAGGAGAUAAGAACUUGCACGAGCUACAAAAUUUAUCAGAUGAUAAGUGUUGGUCGGUGUUCAAGAAACAUGCAUUUGGAAAUAGCAGCAUUGAUGAGCAUUCCAAUUUGGCAUUGAUCGGCAAGGAAAUUGUGAAAAAGUGUGGAGGCUUGCCUUUGGCAGCAACAGCACUCGGUGGUCUUCUACGCCAUGAACAUAGAGAAGAUAAGUGGAAUGUUAUUUUGACUAGCAAAAUAUGGCAUUUACCGAGUGAUAAAUGCAGUAUUCUUCCUGCAUUGAGAUUAAGUUAUAAUCACCUCCCUUCUCCUCUGAAGAGAUGUUUCAGUUAUUGUGCAAUAUUUCCGAAAGACUAUGAAUUUGAUAAGAAAGAACUGAUUCGCCUAUGGAUGGCAGAGAGUCUAAUUCAACGCUUAGAAUGUGAUGGGCAACAAAUUGAAAUUGAAAAUUUAGGCGAUGACUGCUUUCAGGAAUUGUUGUCUCGAUCAUUUUUUCAACCAUCAAGUAGCAAUAAAUCACAAUUCGUAAUGCAUGAUCUCGUUAACGAUUUAGCAAAAUCUGUUGCUGGAGAAAUGUGUUUUUCUUUGGCAGAGAAAUUGGAAAGUAGUCAGCCACAUAUCAUUUCUAAAAAGGCUCGUCAUUCAUCGUUCAUUCGUGGCCCAUUCGAUGUCUUCAAAAAGUUCGAAGCCUUUUAUAGGAUGGAGUAUUUGCGUACAUUUAUUGCAUUACCAAUUGAUGCAUCAUGGAGUUAUAGAUGGUUAAGCAACAAGGUACUUGAGGGAUUGAUGCCCAAGCUAUGGCGCCUAAGGGUGCUUUCAUUGAGUGGUUAUCAGAUAAGUGAGAUACCAAGUUCAAUUGGUGAUUUGAAACAUCUUAGGUAUCUUAAUUUAUCCGGAACGAGAGUUAAGUGGUUACCUGAUUCAAUAGGUAACCUCUAUAACUUAGAAACAUUAAUAUUAUCAUAUUGUUCGAAGCUUAUUAGGUUGCCUUUGAGCAUUGAGAACCUAAAUAAUCUUCGACACCUUGAUGUGACCGAUACAAAUCUAGAAGAAAUGCCUCUAAGAAUUUGCAAAUUAAAAAGCUUGCAAGUAUUGUCUAAAUUUAUUGUGGGUAAAGACAAUGGUUUGAAUGUAAAGGAGUUAAGGAAUAUGCCCCAUCUUCAAGGGGAACUUUGCAUAUCAAACUUGGAAAAUGUAGCAAAUGUUCAAGAUGCAAGGGAUGCUAGUCUAAACAAGAAGCAGAAGCUUGAAGAAUUGACGAUAGAGUGGAGUGCUGGGUUGGAUGAUUCACACAAUGCAAGGAAUCAAAUAGAUGUACUUGGCUCUUUACAACCACACUUCAAUUUGAACAAACUAAAAAUUGAGAACUAUGGUGGUCCAGAAUUUCCCCCUUGGAUAGGAGAUGUUUCAUUCUCUAAGAUGGUGGAUGUAAAUCUGGUGAAUUGCAGAAAUUGCACAUCUUUACCGUGUUUGGGGUGGUUACCCAUGCUCAAACACGUAAGGAUUGAAGGGUUAAAAGAAGUAAAAAUUGUGGGUAGAGAGUUUUAUGGAGAGACUUGUCUUCCCAAUAAGCCUUUCCCGUCCUUAGAGUCUCUAUCUUUUUCGGAUAUGUCACAAUGGGAAGAUUGGGAGAGUCCAACUUUAUCAGAGCCAUAUCCUUGUCUCCUUCACCUUAAAAUCGUAGAUUGCCCCAAAUUAAUCAAGAAACUACCCACUAACCUACCGUCCCUUGUACAUCUCUCCAUUUUGGGAUGCCCACAGUGGGUGCCUCCACUUGAAAGGCUUUCAUCUCUUUCUAAAUUAAGAGUAAAAGAUUGCAAUGAGGCGGUACUAAGGAGUGGAUUGGAAUUGCCUUCACUCACCGAGUUAAGAAUUGAAAGAAUUGUAGGGCUCACCAGAUUACAUGAAGGGUGUAUGCAAUUGUUGUCGGGGCUUCAAGUUUUAGACAUUUGUGGUUGUGAUGAAUUGACGUGUUUGUGGGAAAAUGGAUUUGAUGGUAUUCAGCAGUUGCAAACUAGCAGUUGUCCCGAGCUUGUAUCCUUGGGAGAAAAGGAAAAGCACGAGAUGCCUAGCAAGCUUCAAUCUUUGACAAUUUCGGGGUGUAAUAACCUAGAGAAGCUUCCAAAUGGAUUGCACAGGCUAACAUGUCUUGGAGAGUUGGAAAUCUAUGGUUGUCCAAAGCUGGUGUCAUUUCCAGAGUUGGGGUUCCCGCCCAUGCUUAGACGUCUUGUUAUUGUUGGUUGUGAAGGUCUACGAUGCCUACCUGAUUGGAUGAUGGUGAUGAAAGAUGGUAGUAAUAACGGUAGCGACGUGUGUCUCCUUGAAUACUUGAAGAUAGAUACGUGUCCAUCUCUCAUUGGUUUUCCAGAAGGUGAGUUACCCACCACGCUCAAGCAACUCAGGAUAUGGGAGUGUGAAAAGCUAGAGUCUCUACCGGGGGGAAUGAUGCACCAUGAUUCCAACACCACCACCGCCACCAGUGGUGGUCUUCAUGUCUUGGAUAUUUGGGAUUGUCCAUCUCUCACAUUCUUCCCCACAGGCAAGUUUCCCUCCACCCUUCAGAAACUUGAGAUUUGGGAUUGUGCACAACUGGAGUCGAUUUCAGAGGAGAUGUUUCACUCCAAUAAUAGUUCACUUGAAUAUUUGAGUAUCUCGUCGUAUCCCUGUCUCAAAAUUGUACCAGAUUGUCUCUACAAACUCAGAGAACUGAAGAUUAAUAAGUGUGAGAAUGUGGAGCUGCAACCUUAUCAUCUGCAAAACCUCACUGCUCUUACAUCACUUACUAUCUCUGAUUGUGAGAAUAUCAAGACGCCCCUAUCCCGAUGGGGCCUUGCCACACUUACCUCUCUUAAAAAACUCACCAUUGGUGGCAUAUUUCCACCAGUUGCCUCCUUUUCAGAUGGUCAAAGACCACCGAUUCUUCCUACAACCCUCACCCUUCUUUCCAUUAAUGAUUUCCAGAAUCUGAAAUCUCUAUCCUCCCUGGCUCUCCAAACCCUCACCUCACUUGAAGAGCUAUGGAUCCGAUGUUGCCCUAAGCUUGAGUCGUUUUGCCCAAGGGAAGGGCUGCCUGACACGCUUUCACGACUAUAUAUCAAAGACUGCCCACUCCUAAAACAAAGGUGCUCGAAGAGGAAAGGGCAAGAUUGGCCCAACAUCGCCCACAUUCCCUAUGUGCAAACAGAUGAUAAAAACGUGUUUGAGCAAACACCAUUCAACCCUCUCCCAUCUUUACAUUAAACAAGGAAGGGGCUUUGGAAAUGGCUUGUAGCUUGGUUCUCUCUUCAAUUUGACACAAUUCUAGUUCUCAGUGACCAUUGAAGUUGAAGAGGUGAUAUGUGAUACUUACAACGAUAAAAAGGAUAAGAGAGGAUCCAUUUAUGCCAUUCAAGGGCAGGUGGAAUAUUUAGCAAUAGCCACUGAAUAGAGUUCAGGCUGACAUACAGAGGAGGCUAUAUACUAGAAGCAAAUGCAGUUUAUUAAAGUUCAAUUGCUAUGGUUCUCAAAGAGGAUGGAACUCUAGGUAUUAUAUCAAAGACUUCAAAGUAUGGAGUGAAUGCAGCUAGUUCCAGUUGUCCCCUGUUGCUCUUUUUAUUUUUAUUUUUUUUUAGUGUCAACAGGGGACAAAGAAUAAGCCAGCAAGACUACAGUAUCAAAAGGAUGGGUCCAAAGUAUCACAGGAGGUCAUGUGGUCUUUUCAUUGUGCUGACUGAUUGGAAUGUUCAUCCUAUAUCAAAGGCUCAUUGGCACUUUAUUACCAUUUUUUAGUACAACAAAAAGAGGAUAAAAUACAAUCUAGCCAAAUUGUGAUUCUUCAGUGCUUUACAGAGGUCCUCUGAAUCAAGAUUUCAUUUGCAUCUUUAAUAAAUAAGAACCUCUUUUCUUGCCCUCCUGGGGAAGCCGCUCAUAAGGUAUAAAAGGUGCAUGUCCCAGGUGUCAGAGUAUAAGUAUUUUUCUUCUUGUUGAAGGGGAUUCGGGUUUUAUAUUUGGAGGCUCCAUGUCUAUAGUGACUGUGGCAAAUUCCUAUUGCCACUUGUUGUUUUUGUUUCUAUUGUUGAUGUUAAGAGUGUAGAAAGAGGAUAAACAACAGCUUAGCAAGAUCAUGGUGUUCCCUAAGCACUAGCUUACAGAGAGGAUUUUGGCACCGAUCCUUGGACACUGCUUAGUUCACCUGUCUUCAGUAGACAUGAAGCUAUUUUUUGUGCUAUCUUGGAGAAGCUGCCAGUAAGACUGAAUAGUCACACAUCUCUUGGAGAGUCGAGAAUCACACAUUUCUUUAUGUUCCUUCUGAGGAUCGGUUUGUCAUCCAUGUUAUUAAGUCUUGUGCUCAGUUGUUGUGAUGGUUUGAAAUUGCUCUCUGAUGGAACUAUGACCUAUAUAAAGAACAGUUUGUAUUUGUUUUACAUUGAUGAAUUGCUCGUCUUUAUGCAUUAUUUUGCAGAAAGGAUUUUUAUGAGCACUACUAUUUUCUUUUCAUCUCAUUUUAUUUUGAUGCAUUUCAUGUUACUCCUUUUAGGUGGAUGCGCAAUGCUGAUCCAGCUUUCCUCCUUUUGGAUGUCUUUUUAACCAUUGUUAGGAUUCAUUAAAAUGAGCUUUAUCAUACAGAUUUUUUUCAGAUUGAAAGAGAGACAAUUAAAUAUCAUUCAACAGUGAUCAUAAUGCAGGAAGGCCAUAAAUUGGAUCUGAUAAGAUGGAAAAUGUGUUUCUGGACAAUUUUGUGUUCUUGCAUUAUAAGGAAUCCAGUUAAUGAGAUUUUGCUGACAAAAAACCAGAGACUUUGUGUCUUCUGUUUCACGUAUGAUACUAUCGUUGAUUGGUGAACUGGGAAUGUCGUCAAGAACUUUGGAGCUUGACCAUCUGGCCUUUUUCAAUUCCUUAGAGAUUGGAGAAUAGAUUGCAACACGGUCUCAAAAUUUCGGAACAUCGGCAUUAACACCUUUCUGGAACUCAGAUUUCUAAAUGGAAUGAUGCAAGGCAUCGACACAUUCUCAGAAUUCUUUGAGAUUUCUAAAUGUGAUCUUAGUGCCUUAAUGAGAGGCCAACUUUCUUCAAUAUGCUAAAAAUUGCAGUCUGUAUAUAUUGGAUGGGCAUCAUUCCAUGGGCAAGAAAUAAUAGGUUUUGCCAUAUGGGGAGACGAUUUACAACUGCUGUGCCUCUUGAUUUACCCUCAAGCAUCUAGCCUCGCGUCAAGUAUUUGGAAUUAUCAAGCUGAUCACCAGACUACCUUCAACUGACCUCAGGGACUUUGUACGAAGUAGACUCAAUGCAAGUGAUUCAGAGUCACCCCUACCUAAUCCAUCUCCGUGUGUCUGGGAAAAUGAGGUCCAUCAGAUGUUAUGGCCAUUAUCUCAUAGCAGUGGAUGUUUUGAACCAGAGUCUAAAACGAAGUCAUCACUGGAUGUUAAGGUCAUUUUCCCAUUGCAGUGGAUGUUUUGAACCAGAGUUUAAAACCAAGUCAUUGACAAAGGCCAUAGUGAUGUCAUUGAUUUUAUUCUAAACCCAUCAAAAACAACAUGAGAUUCACUUUGAUUUCCAGUUAUGCAAGAUCUAUAUGAGCUCAAUUGUUUUGAAACUUGAUUCAUGAAUACCAUGCUGACAUUCAGUUCA